AUGCCAGAGAGCUUGCCUUCUUUGACCAUGAUGUUCCUCAUGUUCCAAUCACCCGCGGGUGAAGACAAUCCUAUGCCCACUGCGAUGGACAACAUCAGGCAAGGCGCCACAGCGCAGUGUGUUGUUGAAGUCGUCCUCAUCUUUGAAUGGACCGAAAACGUCGCCACGGGCUUCGUCGUAAUCAGCAUUGAUGAUUCUGCCGUCAUAGACGCCACCCCCAACAGCCUUCGUGAUUUCGUAGGAAAUCUUGCCGUCAGAGAUGCGAGGGAUGCGAGGGACGACGACAUCCGUAUGGAGUUUCACCAGCUCCAAGGCACCGAACUCAUUUUCCAGACGGCGGUGGCAUGCGACACUCCUCGUCUUCAGAUAUAA